AUGGAUAACCUAAACGAUCUUUUGGAAGAUCACAUCUGCCGGAGAAACCGAGUGUUCUACGCCUUCGGUAUUAGCGUGGGGGACUACGAAAAUAGCACUUCACGAGCGUGGACGGUCGUAUCACUCUACAUACACGGUACAGUAGAUACAGCUGGUGCCGCUCAAGCGCUCAGAAAUCUCGAGUCUGAUAUCAAUAGAAAGCUCCGGCUAGACCAGCGACCAGAAAGACUGGAGUUCUACCUCGAGGACGACUCUCCUAGCAACGCCUACCGGGCGAGAUCUCGCAGGGUAGAGGGCACGCUCUGCGCGAGAAAUGCUGCUUGGCAGAUGGGAGUGGUGGAGCUUACGGACGGUGAAAGGACGCAUCCGGGAACACCUCGACAGGAUACAGUAGAAGCGACGAGGCACGUUGUCGAAGUUGAGCUGUAG